CUCUCUCUUCUCUCUCUUCUCUCCUCAUCUCUCUUCACCUCAUCUCUCUUCACAUCUCACCCCAUCUCAUCUCCACCAUGUCCUCCCUCGAAGCUGACAACGUCUACACCGACGACAUCCCCCUCCUCGCCGAUGCCGAGAUCAUAAACGUCGACAAAGGCAUCACCCUCGACAGAGAGGCCGCCGCCGAACUCAACGACCCCUCCCCCGACCCAGAGUCCAUCGAGCCCUCCAUGCACUCCUCCUCCGUCACAAUCAUCUUCAUCUCCCUCUACAUCGGCGUCUUCCUCUCCGCCCUCGACGGCACCGUCGUCGCAACCCUCCUCGCCCACAUCUCCUCCGAGUUCAGAGAGUUCCGCUCCGUCUCCUGGAUCGCCACCGCCUACCUCAUCACCGUCGCCGCCUGCCAGCCCCUCUACGGCAAGCUCUCAGACAUCCUCGGCCGCAAGAAACUCCUCAUCUUCUCAAACGUCCUCUUCGCCAUCGGCUGCUUCUUCUGCGGCAUCUCCAAAAACCUCUGGUUCCUCGUCUUUGGCAGAAUCGUCGCCGGCGUCGGCGGCGCGGGCCUCACCUCCCUCUCCUCCAUCACCCUCAACGACCUCGUCCCCCUCCGCCAGCGCUCCCUCCUCCAGGGCAUCGGCUCCGUUCUCUACAACGCCGGCGCCUCCCUCGGCGGCGUCUUUGGCGGCUUCGUCACCGAAACCAUCGGCUGGCGCUGGGCGUUCCUCCUCCAGGUCCCUUUCGUCAUCGUCUCCGCCGUCGCCAUCCACUACAACCUAAAGUCCAAGCCGACGCCCAUCGAGCGCGACUCGGCCUCUGAGACCGCCGACAAGCUCUCGCGGAUUGAUUUCGCGGGCUCCAUCACCCUCGUGCUCUGCCUCGUGCUCUACCUCGUCGGCAUGUCCAUCGGCGGCAACUUUGUCGCCUGGGCGUCCUGGCCUGUCUUCUUCACCUUCUUCUUCGGCACCGUCUGCCUCGCCGCCUUCAUCUACAUCGAGCUCUACGUCGCGCGCGAGCCCGUCAUCCCGCUCGAGCUUCUCAAGGACCGCUCCGUCUUUGGCGCGUCCUUCACCAACUGGCUCAUCAUGAUGGUCAACUACGCCCAGCUCUUCUACGUGCCCAUCUACUUCAUCGCCAUCCGCGGCAUCUCCCCCACCCAGGCCGGCUCAAACAUGAUCCCCAACUUCAUCGGCUCCGCCGUCGGCGCCAUCCUCUCCGGCACCGUCAUGCGCACCACCGGCCGCUACUGGUGGAUGACCAUGGGCUCCGCCAUCGUCCUCGUCAUCGGCUCGAUCCUCAUCAACUCCUACAGCCUCACGACCCCCAAGUGGGCCCUGGUCUCGUACAUCAUGAUCGGCGGUCUCGGCUUCGGCGGCCUGCUCAACUGCACCCUCAUCGCCAUGGUCGCUGCCGUCCCGCCCGAGAUGCAGGCCGUCACGACCGCGAUCCAGUACGGCUUCCGCGGCACGGGCUCCACCGUCGGCGUCGCCAUCGCGUCUGCCAUCUUCCAGAACGUGCUCGGCAAGAAACUGGACCUUUAUAUCACGGGUGAGGACAAGGAAGACAUCAUCACGCGUGUUACCGACUCGAUUGAGGAGAUUAGUCUGAUCCCGAUCGAGUACAAGGCCGACGUCGUCCAGGCCUACCUCGACGCUUUCCACGGCGUCUUUUACUUUGCCAUCUUCCUCUCCGCUCUUGUCAUCGUCACCUGCGGCAUGAUGAGAGAAUACGUCCUCCACAAGUCUUUCGACCGAUAAUUUCUCCUUCUCUCUUUCUUUUCUUUCCUUCCUUUCCUCUCUUUCCUUUUAUAUUGCUAUAUCGCUAUAAACUAGAAACUGUCAGAUGUCUACACCUCUUCAAUCCUUCAUUCGUUGCUCAUCAGUUGUUUAAGUUGUUUAAUUGUUCUUUGGGUGCAUAUACAGGAAUAUGAGUGUUUUGUUUAGUCGAAUAUACACAAUCGAUCAAUACACAGAUAGAUACCA